AAGCGGUGUGGAUACCGGUGCGUGCCGAUCUCCGGAGGGGGACCGGGUAAUCCAGUCGGACCGGCAGUGGAGUAGAUCCCCUCUACCUACACACUGAGAGCAAAGACGCGUUUACAUUCCCGCUGGGGAUUUUGAUUUACUCACCUCAGGUGACCUGUGACUGGUUGGAGAGAGGGAGGAGAGGAGAACAAAUGGAAAGGGAGCGCAGAGAAAGAGGAUGAGAGAGAGAGAGCAGGACCCAUGAGAUUCCUCAUGCACGAUGUGAGCCCCUCGCUCUGCCGGCGUUUGAUUUGAAAAGAAGAAAGCGGACUUUGCCUAAAGAGGAGAUCACUUCAGUGCUUUGCCCUGUAGUGGGAGUCCAUCUUUUUGUCUCUGUAGGAGUAGUCAUGGCUGAACACUAAAUGUAGAAAUAAAGCCACUCUCAUCCCUUUCUGCUACUUCCUACCCAGUGACAGACCAUUGCCAUGGAGAAGACAUACUCACUAACUGCCCACUAUGAUGAGUUUCAGGAAGUUAAAUAUGGUGGUCGCUAUAGCAGUGACAUCCUCAGCAAUGGCAUGACUCUUCACCUGGGGGGCAGCCUGGACCGUCACAUGGGGCGCACCCGGGGAGGGACUUGGUCGAACGGCCGAAACAGAGAUCUGAGCAGCACCAGCAGCAGCGGGGGGCUUCCACGAUGGAGCCGGAGAGAGAUCUGCCUCCUCUCCGCGCUGGUCUUUGCAGCAGGCAUGUGCGUCAUCUUGGGCAGCAUGCUGGCACUCAAGUACAUUUCCCUGGACGCCCAGCAGGACCCACAGUGCCGACAGGACUGCCAACGCAAGCGCUCGCUACUGCGAGCAGCGCGCUUCGUUCAGGCCAAUAUUGACCCAACCAUCCAGCCCUGCCAGGACUUCUACUCGUUCGCCUGUGGUGGCUGGCUGAGGCGCCACGGCAUCCCCGAGGACAAGCUCAGCUACGGCAUCAUCACCGCCAUUGGAGAGCACAAUGAGGAGAAGCUACAGCGCCUCCUGCUGGAGCCCAUACGAAGACGCGGGCCCAACUCAGCAGAGCGCAAGGUCAAGGAGUUCUAUCGAUCCUGCAUCAACAUCCAGGAGAUCGACAAGCUGGGCUCUGACCCCAUGAUGGAGGUGAUAGACAGCUGUGGGGGGUGGGACCUCGUGGGGGCUCCACCCGGAGCUGCUGGGUGGGAGACAGAGGGGGCGCCGCAGAGGCCGGACUUCAAUGAGCUGCUGUACAGGACCCAGGGGGUGUACAGCACUGCCGUCUUCUUCUCCCUCACUGUCAAUGUGGACGACAAAAACUCCUCCAGGAAUGCAAUCAGGAUUGAUCAGGAGGGGCUCACGCUGCCUGAGAGAAGCCUGUACCUGGGACAGGAUGAGGACAGUGUGAAGAUCCUGGCAGCGUACAAGGCCCUGAUGGAGCGCUUGCUGAGCAUGCUGGGAGAUCGCAACGCCACGCAGAAGUCCAAGGAGAUUAUACAGCUGGAGACCCGUCUGGCCAAUAUCACUGUGUCAGAAUAUGAUGACCAAAGAAAGGACAUCAGCACCAUGUAUAACCGCAUCACCCUCAGGCAGCUACAGCGCAUCGCUCCCAGUCUUCACUGGAAACGCUUGCUGGACAGAAUCUUCCACGACAACUUCUCGGAGGAUGAAGAGAUCGUGGUGCUCGCCACCGAUUACAUACAGAAAGUCUCUGACAUCAUCAAGACCACUUCAAAGAGGGUUCUCCAUAACUACAUGCUGUGGCGCAUCGUGGCGGCUCUAAGCGAACACCUGUCCACCGCCUUCCGUAGCACCAUCCACGAGUUCUCUCGUGAGAUCGACGGCACCGAGCAGCAGCUGGAGCUGGGGAGGCUCUGCCUCACUCAGGCCAACAAACACUUCGGCAUGGCCCUGGGAGCCCUGUUUGUCCAGCAACACUUCUCCUCGCAGAGCAAGGCCAAGGUACAGGAGCUGGUGGAGGACAUAAAGCACUCCCUGGAUCUGCGGCUGCACGAACUGGACUGGAUGGAUGAAGCCACCAAGGAUGCUGCCAGAGCAAAGCUGAAGCACAUGAUGGUGAUGACAGGAUACCCAGAUUUCCUGCUCAAACCUGAGCUCAUAGAUGAAGAAUACGGGUUUGAUGUGGACGAGAAGACCUAUUUCAAGAACAUCCUCAACAGCAUCAAGUUCAACAUCAAGCUGUCAGUCAAGAAGAUCCAUGAAGAAGUGGACAAGACGACGUGGCUUCUCCCCCCUCAGGCCCUUAAUGCCUACUACCUCCCUAACAAGAACCAAAUGGUCUUUCCCGCUGGCAUCCUUCAGCCCACUCUCUACAACCCUGAGUUCCCACAGUCUCUAAACUACGGAGGAAUAGGGGCUAUCAUUGGCCAUGAGCUAACACAUGGAUAUGAUGACUGGGUGAUGCAAUGGUUCAUGUCCCUAGGGGGCCAGUACGACCGCCACGGCAACCUCAAACAGUGGUGGACAGAGGAGUCCUACAGGAAGUUCCAGACGAAGGCUGAAUGCAUCGUCAAGCUCUACGAUAACUUCACUGUUUAUAACCAGAGGGUGAAUGGUCGUCUGACACUGGGGGAGAACAUAGCAGACAUGGGAGGACUCAAGCUGUCAUACUAUGCGUAUCAAAAGUGGGUGAGGGAACAUGGUCCUGAGAGGCCCCUGCCUGGCCUCAGAUACACACACGAACAGCUGCUCUUCAUUGCCUUUGCACAGAACUGGUGUAUGAAGAGACGAUCUCAGUCCAUCUACCUGCAGCUGCUGACUGACAAACAUGCACCAGAGCACUACAGAGUGAUCGGCAGUGUGUCCCAGUUUGAUGAGUUUGCUCGUGUUUUCCACUGUCCGAAGGGUUCCCCAAUGAACCCUGUGGAUAAAUGCUCCGUAUGGUGACCUCUCCACCCGCCUGUUGACCUUGGGAUGAACUUCAGCUUCACAUUCCCCACCCACACACACAGCCUGUCCUACAUCACACAUUCAUCAGAGCCAACAGGAGGAUACAGAGUGCAUAAAGCCAAUUCUUGCCUGUAAAAGAUAAGAGGAAGGAAAUGCAUCUUUUCAACAUGUUUUCAAGUCGGAAAGUUUAUACAAUUAUCCAUUGUGUGUUCCAGCCUAUCUAAAGCAUGGGUCACAUGACCAUUAAUCAUGUACAUACAUAUUAUUUGAUUAUAUAUUUUUCUAUGUUUAAAUUCAUUUUCAAAUCAUCUAUUUUUCUAUUUUAGCAGAUAUAUCACAUAAAAUAUGCAUAGGAUUCAUAAGCUGUUUGGUUUUUAAUUAAGCUCAAUUGGUUCUCUUCAUGUAGCAUCAACUAGGAAAACUUCAGCGUAUCAGGCGUUUAGAGAUUGGCAGCAACAGUGAUUUCAGCCCCUAAUGUAAACUGGACAAGGACCAAUUUAAAAUGAACUCCUUGUGGCAUCCGUGUGCUUGCCAAAAUGUUGUUCUUUCAGUUGGGUGAUGGAGCCUGAUUUGUGUCACAACGCUGCACUCUCGUGGCUGCAGAGAGUAAUGGUAACUGUUCAAGCACCAUGACUGUUGUAUCGUUUGCCUGCGUUGGUCCUCUUGUUACUGUGAGUGUUUGUACGGUUUUUAAGAUUUGUCAACUUUUUAAAAAAUGAAGGUGGACUCGUGGUGGAUGCUUUUCUCAGGAUUUGUAGCAAUGUGCAGCGUCAAAUGGAGGAUCUUUGUGUCUCUAUCUACAUUCAAGUCUUCAGCCUACAGUACAAUCACAAGGAGCUGGCAUAUUUAUCAAGCAUUAAAUGAAAAAAAGAGAAGAGGAGAGGUUUUUCCUCACUGGAAUUCACAGCAUGGACAACAACCUGACCCUACUGGAUGAGCUGACAAGACAAAGAGAGAGAAACCUCUGGAUUAUUCACAUCUCUGCGUUUCCUGAUGAAGCCUGAAUGAUCUGAUACAACCCGAGUGAAGGAGAGCACCAGGUCACGUCAUACAGUACAUUCACAGUAAACUCAAUAACUAACAGGAGCCACACUCUGUACAGAGGAAAGUGCAACUAAGGUAGAUGGAGAAUCAUACAUUUGUACGCAGUGUUAUUUGGAAAAAAAAUAACUUUUGUAUAAACAAUCUGUUGGUACAAAAAAUAAGACUCUUUGUACAGUGGAGACGUAUAUCAGUAAUGGUUGUACAGUUUGUUUGAUGAGAGUGCAUGUUACCCUCUUGACCAUCAUUAAAUUCUGAUCAAUAUAUAUGGAGGACAUCACACACACACACACGUGACUCUACAGCUGCUAUUCCACAUGUGGCUGCUAUCUCUUCCUCUUUGUUGGUCACCGUUUAAUGUUUGAAUAAAUACAGAGGAUCACUG